AUGGGUCAACAAUUGUCUUUGACUAAUUUUAAAACUCCUGAUUUACUUGCAAUAAAUAAUCAACAUUUCGAUAAGAUAUUAUCCAAUGGUCGAAUAGAAGAUAUUCAUUUAUUUUUACCAUUGGAUGUCAUCAAUGCAAUCAGUAAAAGUUCAAUCUCAUCUCAUGAUCAUGAUCAAAAAAAUUCAAUUGAACUACCAAUUACAAAACAAACAUUAAUCAAACAUAUUCGAACUGAUCUAUCUUUACUAACGAAUUCAUCUGGAAUAGAUGAAUUGAAUAUGGAAAUUGCAAGAUUAAUUCAACAAGUAUUCGAUCGUAUUGCAAGAACGAAUACAAAUCUACAAAAUGAUAUACAAUCAAUCAUUGAUAAACAACAACAAUUAAAAAAUUCCUAUGCUGAAAAAUUGAAGGAAGAUGAAAAUGCAACGACGUCUAUAUUUGCUCAAUUAUUUAUUGAUACUUCUAAUUCAGAGAAUGUAUCAAAUGAACAUCAAAUAGAUAACAAUUCAGUUAAACAAACACAAUUAUAUCAAUUUCAAGCUGAACAACUCUCAUUUUUUGCUAUCCAAUCAUUAAUAUCCAUGCUACUGUUAUUACUUAAGUCGGUACAAAAAUAUGAUUCUAUUAUUGUUCAUCAAAUACUCGAUUUAACAAAUCAACUUGUUGAACAAAUUCCAUUACAUUAUCUUUCAUCAGCUAUUUAUAAAAGAUCAAGUAAUUUAUUUAAAUCUUUAAAACCAUUGACCAAUUAUAUCAAUGAAUUAUCAAUACAAACAGAAAUUGAUCCUAUUGCAGCAAAUCAAUCGAUUAAAAUUUUAUUGAAUUUUUCAGUUAUUAAAUCAUCAUUGAAAGAUAUUCUACCAUUAAUUAGAAAAUUAAUUUUCAAUACAACUGAUAUUUAUGACAUACGAAAAUUAUUCAUAGUAUUAAAUAAAGAUCUAACAACAAUAAUGGAUCAAUUCGAAAAAGAAAAACAGACACUAAUUGAAACAACAACAAUUAUACCACAGAAUGUUGCAGAAGAUAGCAAUGAAGCAUCUAAAGAACAAAACAAAACAGAAAUGAGAUUAUCUACCGAAAAAAUAUCCGAUAUGGAACAUACCUUUUCGACUGUAUUAGAAUAUCUUAAAUCAAUGGAAGUAUUUCCAAGUACACAAUUAAUAUCAUUAAAUGAAAAGAAAUUCACUGGUCAAUUUAUAUCUUCAAUAUUACUUGUUCAUAUCGAUCUACAUAAUCAACUUCAUGCGAAAUUACAAUUUGAACGUGGCUCUAUCGAUGGUUCAUUUUCAUUUGAGUUUGAACCGGAAACAUUCAAAUAUUUAUAUGAAAUAAUCGAACAAUUGAUUAUCAUACAAUCAUCAUCGAAUCAUAAUCUCGAAUAUAUCUUAAUCAUCUGUCUAAGAUUAUUUACAACACAUUUAAAAUUUUUAUUAGCUUCAAAUAUUGAUAAUUUUCAUGAUUUUUUAAAUGAAAAUGAUAUUGAAAAAUGGUAUACAUUGAUAUUAAAAUUAGCUUUAGAUGAUAAAUCAGAAGAAAGAAAAAAAGAAGCAUCAAAAGCUUUGAUCUAUUUGAUUGAUAAACAAACAUUAUCAUUUGCUAAAACAUUAGCAUUCAUUCAUACAUAUAUCAUAGAAAAUAAAUAUCCAAUAUUAAUUGAACAAUUAUUUAAUAAAUUCAAUAAAAAUGUAUUUGUACAUAAAUGGAUCGAAGUUCUAUGUGAUGAUCGUCAUCCUGAAGAUAAAAUAUUAGCAUAUACAAUUUUACAUUCAUUUCUUGAUAUUGUCUUACAAUCAAAUUCAAUAGAUAUUAAAAAAAUCGAUCAAUUACAAGAAAUUAUACUUAUGUUUCAAGAAUUACUUUUAGUUUACUUGAAUAAUCAAUCUAUCGAUAUAUCAGAUGAACUUGAAUCAUCUUCUCUAUCAAUUCUUAGUGUUGAUUAUACUACACGUGUGAUUACAUAUUAUAUCAAACAAAGAAUUAAAAGUAUUUUAUUAGAACCACUUCUCUUCGGUCUCUGUACUCUUACGGAAUCAAAAUUUAAUUUUGCUAUUAUACAACCAAUAUUUACUGCUAUUCUACCUAUAUUUGCUGAAUAUUUAAUACAAACAACAAUCGAUCUAGAUAUUAUAAAUACUUAUCUAAUUCCAUGGUUAUUUGGAAAAAUGAAUUAUCGAUUAAUUAUUGGUCCACCAUAUAGUCCUUUAGAAAAAAAAUAUAGUACUACAUUAAAAUUACCAUUAUUUUCUGGUGGAUAUGAAACAAUGACAACAGAAAAUAAUUCAUACUUAUUAAAUUUAUUUAAAUCUAAUUUAACAAUUUAUAGUCAAUUUAUAUUACCCUAUAGACGACAACAAUCCGUAUUAGAUAAUGAAUUUUUACUUUCAAUUUAUAAUAAUAUUGAUCAAGGUGCACAAUUAAUAUUAAAAAUGAAAUUAUUUAUUCGAGAUAAACAACGUAUUUUACAAAAAUCAAUUGAAUCUUAUGCUAAUGAUGCAUGUGCUGCAAUAUUUGCAGUUUAUAUUAAACAUUAUCGUCGUAUUGAUUUAGCUCAACAUGAAUUAACACAAUCAAUUGAUCAAAAACCACAUACAAAACUUCUUUCACUCUAUGAAUAUGCUAAUCAAGUACGAACAAUAUUUGCUACAACUAAAGCUCGAGGUGGUGAUUGUAAUGAACUUUAUAAACAAAUUAAAAAUGAUACAUUAUUAUUACUUGUAUCAAUUAAAGAAAGUUCUUUUAUUUCAACAAUUAAAGAAGAUUUUUCAUUACCAAUAAUAAAUAUUAAUAAAUUUAAAGUUCAACGACAAAUAUCACAUUGGACAAAAGCAAAAUAUAUUAUUCGUUUACUUCGUAAUGUAUUAAAUGUUUGUAUAAGAUUAAAAUAUUUAAUGUUAACAAAAAAACAAGCUGUCGAACAAAAAAAAGAUAGUGAAAGUAUUAUGCAUCGUGCUAUUGUUAAUUGUUUAUAUGGAAAUGAUUUAUCAACAUCUAUAAUAAAUAAUGAAUUUAAAAUUGUAUCUGAUGAAGUUGUUAAAUGUUUAAUUCGACAAUAUCAACGAGCUAUAACUAGAUUAAUUACAUAUCGAUUUAUUUAUCAAUUUAUUGAACAAUUAAUUAAUAUUAAAGAUAAUAAUCGAAUUUUAAAUAUUUUAAUUAUAAAUUUAAUAAAUUUAAAAGAUAAUAAUUUAGAUUGGCAUUAUCUUGAAAAUAUUCAAGCAUCAAAUAAUCAAUUGAAAGAAGAUAUUGGAUAUCAAUAUUAUUCCAUAGUUAAAAAAGUAUUAUCAUUUUUCAAUGAAUCAAUAUUUGAAUCUAAUAUGAAAACAGUGCUCAUGUUUCGUUUAUUUAAUCUGAUGAAUUUAUCCUAUGAUUCAAUGGAUUUGUGUCAUUUGAAUCAUUUUCAAUUUAUUGAAGAAUUAUUUACUUCAUUUGUUAGUUUUGUUAAAAGAGAUUCGACUGCUGUCAUUUCAAUAGAUAUGAAACUCACAGCAUACAAUUGGUUUCGUUUAAUUGUAUUGAAAUUAUGUGAAAAUAUUGAAUUAGAAGAAUUACGAAGUACACAUUUUGGUAGUCGAAAAUUUCAUCAUAUCUUACAACAACAAUGUGAUUUUAUAUUUAAUAAAUUAAUUUUAAGUGAACUAAAAUAUUUACAACAAAACCAAUCAAUAUCAACAUCCGAUAAAGAAGAUGAAAAUCCAUCAUUGAAAAAUGUUUCCAUCGGUUAUUUUAUUACAACAGUAAGAUUGAAUAAUGAUAUUUGUAUUAAUCAAUAUUUAAUGCUUCUACUUCGUUGUAUUCAUUUAUAUGAUCAUGUUCGAUCAAAUUGUGCUACAAUGGAUUAUAUUCAACAAUUAUUAAAUUUAUAUUAUCAAAGUCAAUUUCUUAGUACUCGUCUACUAACAUUGAAAAUUCUACGUGAUCUAUUAGUAUUCUUACCAGAGAAUAUGAAUGAAACAACAUGUCGAUGUUUUGUUGAAAAUUUCUUGACAGAUAUUUUAUUUUCUAUUGGUCAAAAUUUUAAUUUAUUUGAAACAAAGAAAAUAAAUCUCGAUAUUAUCAUUGAAUUUAUCUAUAUCUAUCGUAGGAUAAUAUCACAAAAUUCACCAUGGCAAAAAAUAGCAUCGAAAUUAAUUAUUGAUGCAAUUAAAUCAAGUACAAAUUUCAAUAUUACAUCAUUAGAAUCUAUUGAAAUACGACAAAUAAAUUUCUUUCUUGCAUCAUUAUGUAUCUUAGGUGGUUAUAUUCGACCAUAUUGUUUAGGUUCAACUGUAGAAAUCUAUGUAGCUAAUAAAAGUAUUCAUGAAUUAGAAUCAGCAACUAUUAUUGAAAUCGAUAAAAAUGCUCUCGAAUCGGAUCUAUCUGAUGUUACACCUUAUCUCGUACAAUAUGCUGCAACAAAUCAUACCGAAUGGGUUUCAUCGAAUCAAUUACGUAUUAUUACUGAUGUUCUACCACCAAAUCUUUUACUUUUACCAAUAGAUAAUGCAGUUCAUAUUAUUCUUGAUACAUUAGGCUAUCUUGCACAAAUUGAUACAUCGAAAAUUGACUCAUUAAUGUUAUUACAAAUAAAACGUCAUGCUAUAACAGCAUUCUAUCCAUUACUAAAUAAUAAAACAAUUGUCAAUAUUUUCAUGGAAAAACCUUAUGCAUCUGUUAUUGCUAAAUUAUCAAUAUCGAUUGACAAUCUUGAUUCAAUUCAUAGUACAAAACCAAAUGAUUUACGAUUAUUUAAUCGAUUACAUCUAGAACAAUAUAAUUUAAGUUUAGAUAAAUGUGAACGAACAAAACAAAUAGUAGAAGAUGAAUCUAAUAUCAUUCAUAAUAUAAACGGAUGGAAUCAAAUAAAAAUCAAUCGUAAUCCUAUUAUUCUACAAAGUCUAUCUACAAUGAGUUCAAUAGACGAUGAAUGGAAAUCGAUUGCAUUUAAAUAUGAAAUAGAAUUCUAUAAACAGGGCCGAAUUGGAACUGAUGAUAUUCGUAUUAUUUCUCUACCUGCCAAUGAUACUCUACCACCAUUAGAAGAAUGUGGCGAUAAACAUAAAUUCAAAGGACGCGUUAAUAUAACUGAUGAUAAUGGAAAUAUUCGAUAUCCGACUUUUGUUGUUGAUAAUAUACAAUUGAGUGAAGGAAAAUGGUAUUUUUGUGUUAAAAUUAUACUAGGUGGUGCAGCACAAAUUGGCUGGGCAACAAAUGGAUUUACUCCUGUGCCCGAAUGUUCAAAAGGUAUUGGUGAUGAUGCAUUUUCAUGGGGCUACGAUGGAUCACGAGGAAUUUGUUAUCAUAAUCAAGGAACUAAUUUUUGUGAUGAAAUUCGUUGGAAACCAGAAGACGUAUGUGGUUGUGGUAUUGAAAUCAAUGGAGAAAAUACGACUAUCAAAUAUUGGUUAAAUGGUCAAUUUUUAGGUACGGCAUUUUUACAUUCGGAAAGUACUGAUAUUGUUGAAUCAACGAUUAAAACAAAUUUAUUACCUCAUGGAAUUGGUACUACUUAUUUUCCUGGUGUUACUGUACAAGUCUAUAAUAGUCUGGCUAAUACAGGUGCUUUUGAAUUCAUAUUUAGUCCAGAAGAUAUGACUCAAUGUCCUUUACCGAAAGAUUACAAACCGUUAUUAAUGCCAAAAUUAUUAACAAUAGAAAAUGUAUUAGUAGCUUAUCCGUAUAGUGCCUAUCUCAUUGGUAAUGAUAUUCAUCAAUAUUUCUAUACAAGUCGAUGUUUAAAGAACGAGUCAAUCGACAAGAAAACCUGUUUGUUACGUGAUUUUGUCAAUGAUCAUCAUUUCGAAGUUCCAUUCGAUAUUAAUAUGAUAACAAUUGAUCAUCAUUUAUUAAGAUUAUCGAAAGAUAGUAAAGGUUUUCCAUUAUCGGUUGAUAAUUAUCAAUCAUUGACUAUUAGUUUCGAUUUUGAUAUUAUUCCAAUUGAUGAUAUAGAAAAUCGUCCUGAUGAACUCGAUAUUGUAUUAUUUGCAAUAGAAAACGAGAUGUUUUCUAUUCGAAUAUAUUUGAAUGAUAUGAAUAAUGAUUUUAUUGAUGAAACAAUAAAAUAUCGACAACGUGUUGCUAUCCUAUUUCAAACAAAUGAACAAACAAAAGUCUAUAUCAACAAUAAAUAUCAAACAUUAAAUUAUUAUCAUAAUUUUGAUCUAAUAACAAAACCAAAAUUAAAUCUACAAAUUUUACCAUAUCUAAAUGUUGGAAUUCAAAAUUUAGGCGUAUGGAAAUAUGUAUUGUCCGAAGAACAUAUUCGACGUCUCUUCACUUAUAGUCUCUUAUAUGUUGCUGUUGAUUAUCAAAAAUUGAAUGAAUAUCAAAAACAAACAAAUACAUUAGUAUUUAUGGCAGAACAAAAAUAUUUUAUAAAUGAAAUUCUAAUUCCAUUCAAUGAAUCAUUUGAAGAUAAUCUAUGGAAGAAAAGAAAACAAUACAUUGAUCAUGAUGAAUCGAUCUAUUUCAAAACAAUAUCAGGAACUAAUCGAUCGGCCGUACAAUUAUUUGGAAAUAAAACUUAUCUAGUUUUAAGUACUGCAAAUCAAAUAUGGUCUGAAUAUACAUUAAUUCUCGAUAUUUCUAUACCUAAUUUUCCAUCGAAUAGUGAAACUCAAUUAACAUUAUUAACAUUGGAUACACAAUCAGAAAUUUAUAUAACACAUAGUGGUCAUAUUUGUCUAUCCGGAAAAUAUCAAAGUUCAUCAAUAGUAAAAUUACAAGAAUAUAUUCGUUUGCUUAUAUCUGUUCAACAGAAAUAUGUUAAUAUUUAUAUCAAUGGUUCAUUAGAACUCAAUGUAUCAAUUACAGAUGAUCAAUUUGCAACGAAAUCGAAACAUAUUGAUCUAUUUCGAGAAAUAGAUCCAACUAAAAAUACUAUCAAUGAUGAUCAACUACGAAUUGAAUGUCAAUCAAUAACAUUUUGGAAUAAAUCAAUCGAUAUUCUUCGUCCAUCGAUAAUGAAAUUAAUCAAAUCAACUGAAUAUCCAUUAGAUAAUCUAGUUGCUCCAACAUAUUCAAUUCUAUCAACAAGUCUCAUAGGUAUUGGUUAUAAAGAAGAAUCAAUUAAAUAUGUAAUUAAACAAUACAAUACAACAAAUAUUCAUUUCAUCGAUACUAUUCUACGAGAACAAUGUCAAGAAAUAGAAAAAGCACAACAAAAAGAACAACAACAUAAAAAACUCAAUGUUUUAACACGAUUGAAUUCCUAUGAUGACAAAGGUACAUUAGCAAUGUUCAUGAAAAUUGACAAUUCUACAAAUAAUUUGUCAAUAUUGACAUUGUCUAAUGAUAUGUUAUCUGAAAUAGAAAAUGAUGAUGAUGAUAUAGUAUCAGAAAAGGAAUGGUAUCUUAAAACUGUUCGUUGUGUAGGUAUUCAUGAAAGAUUAACUGAUUGGAUUCGAGAUAAAAUAGAAACAAAUCGAUUAAUAAUUGAAGAUUCUCACUCUAAACUUGUUGAUCUAACUAAACCAGAUUUCGAAGAAACAACAAUUGAUAAUCAAUUAAAAAAUAAAAUGAAAAAAUCAUUACAUUAUUUACAUCGACAAAUAUCACGAAAAACUUAUAUUCAUUUACGUACGAGUUGUGAAUAUGGAUUAAUAACGAUCUAUGCACGUUAUACAAUAUUAAAUAUGUUAAAAGUUUGGUGUAAUGAUGAUCAUCCAAGUUUAUUUCCAUUAACUAAAUUUGGUGAUGGAACAUUUAUUGUAACAUUAUUACGAUUAAUGGAUUAUCAUUAUACAUGUACACGUACACAUGCAGAUGAAACUAUUAAUAGAAUGAAAUUAUUAACAAUGUCAAUAUUAAAAGUUGAAUUAAAAGAAUUAUUGAAAUGUAUAAUACAUGAACAAAUUACUGUAGAAAUAUUAAAUAGAAAAGCUCCAUUAUUCUAUCAAUUACAAAAACAUAUUAUUGAAGAAUCAAUUCAUUUUCUUGCUGAACCAUCUUUAAUCAAUAUGAAUAAUUAUAAUGAUGAUGAUGAUGAUGAUGGUAAUGAUAAAACUAUCGAUGAAAAAAUGUUAAUUAAACAAUCAAAUUUAGAUUUUCUUUUAAAAAUUGUUAAUCUCUUUUUGGAAUUAUUAAUUGAUAUUGAAAUGAAAAAAUAUGAUAUUGAUCUGAUCAUUCAAUUAUUAUUUCCACCAUUAUUUAUCAAAAUACUGUUUGAUCUAUUUUUAUUAGUACCAUCACAUCGAUCUAAAAUAUUCAUUCUUCAUCUUUUUACUACAUUGAUUCAAAAAAGUGAAAAUUUCAAACUUCAUAACAAUAUUCAACAUUUCAUUUUACAACUUUUUAUUGAAUUAACAACGAAUAAAACAUAUUUGGAUAAUUUUGCAUUGAAAAAUUUUCGAAAUGCUAUUAUAGAUCUAACAUUUGCUCUAUUUGGAAGACAAAAAGAAUUGAUUUUAACAUUGAAUGAAUGUCCAUCAGAUGCACGUGAUCUAUCAAUAAUUCUCGAUGUUAUUAAUAUUUUAACAAAUAAAACAAAACAAUCAUCUCAAUGGUUCGAAUUACUUCUUACACAAUCGGAUACUAUUCUAGGUGAAAAACUUCCAUUGACCAAAGAAAUGGUUGACAAGGCACAUGUUCAUUUCGAUACAAUUGCUGAUGAACAAUUAAUAAAAUUUAUGAAUUCAAAUAUUAAUCUCGAUUGGCAUCCAUUACCACAUGAAUUAUUUAAUCAAUUCAUUGAAAAUCUACCAGUCGAAUCUAUUCCUGAUUCAAAUAAAUAUAAUUCAUAUACUUGUUUAUGUGAUAUACCAUCUGUACAUAUACAAACACGUAUUAAACUUUUCUAUUUAUUUAAUAUAUUUAUUGAAAAACUUUUACCAAUGAUUGAUUUAAGUUUAUUACCAGGUAUUAGUACACUUACAGAUCGAAUUCGAACAGCACGAAAUUAUAUAUUAUUUACAAUAAAAUAUAAAUUAUUUCAUGAUGUAUUAAUUAAAACUGCAAUUAGUUCAGGAUUAUCUCAAGAAGAUAUAAAAUUUGAUACUGUAAAAGCUAGUCUUGGUGAACAUUAUGAAGAUACAAUGUUCUAUCAAGCAUAUAAACAAUUAUAUUCAAAUGCAUCUCGAAUAUUUCUACGAACAAAUGAUGAACAAGCUUGGACGGCUAUUUUUCUUGGUAUGUUUAGUACUGAUCGAGGUGGACCUUAUCGAGAUUCAAUUACACGUAUUUGUUCUGAACUAUGUAGUACACGUUUAUCAUUAUUUAUUCUUUGUCCUAAUGGACGAACAAAUAGUGGUUUAAAUCGUGAUCGAUGGAUUCCAAAUAUUUUUCCACCGAAUCGAUCGAUACCAGAUGAAUAUAAAAAUCAAUAUCGUUUUGUUGGACAAUUAAUGGGUUUAGCUAUACGUACGAAAAAUUUUCUAGAUAUUCGAUUUCCAAUUUUACUUUGGAAACAAUUAGUACAAGAAAUUGUUACAAUUGAAGAUAUUGAAGCAAUUGAUAUACAAAGUUUUACUAUUAUCAAUCAAAUGGAAGAAAAUAUUAGACAAAUAAAAAAUCUUAGUCAAAAUAAACAUGAUGAUGAUGAUGAUGAUGUCAAUAAUGAUUGUGAUUAUUUAUUUAAUAGUAUUAUGAGUGAACUUACAUUUGAUGUUGUUAGUUCAGCUGGACAAACUUAUGAACUUAUUCCUGGUGGUUUUCAUAUUCCGAUUACUGCAACUAAUUUUGAAGAUUAUUGUAUACGUUAUCGUCAAUAUCGUAUCAAUGAAUUUCAUCGACAAAUUAAUUUUAUUCGUCAAGGUUUAUAUAGUAUUGUACCAUCGGCUUAUUUAAGUCUUUUUACAGCUCAAGAAUUAGAAGAAGCUGUUUGUGGUAAAAGUUAUAUUGAUAUUGAAAUGUUAAAACGUCAUACAAGUUAUAGUAAUGAUGAUGAAACAUCACCAUAUAUCGAACGAUUUUGGAAUGUUUUAAAUAAAAUGUUUAGUGAAGAACAAAAAAAAUUAUUUUUAAUAUUUGUUUGGGGACGAACUACAUUACCGAAUAGAGACGAAGAAUUUUCCACGAAUUUUACAAUAGCUCGUCUAGAUCCAAUUGGUAAUGUUGAUGAAGCUCUUCCGAAAUCUCACACAUGUUACUUCACUCUUGAUUUACCUCCAUAUUCAACUAAAGAAAUCAUGUAUGAACGUUUGAAUUAUGCUAUUACCUAUUGUUCCAGCAUCGAUGCUGAUGGGAGUAUGAAUUAG